GUCUGUGAAAAAGGUCGGUGCGCGAAGCCAUUUAAAAAAAAAACUUUCCCGCCAUUCAUUUGCCGGGCACAAGGACUCAUGCGUUCUGCCACUACGUUAUAAAAGAUGUGCAUAAAUAUUAUUGAUGAAUUUAAAUAAAGAAGAACACAUGCAAAAUAACCAAUGUGUUUUACAUAAAUAUUGACAACAGGAAAAUGACAGGAACAUGUUGGUUUAUAAUUGUGUUGUAUUUUUUAUCUGUGAGCAUUGGUGACAGAAGAUCUGAAGAGGGAUAUCCCAGAGGACUUAUGUCAGUUUGUCCUGGUUCGACCAAGCCAAUUACCAUCCCCCGAAGUCAGCUGAAGUACUUAUUCUUCGUGGUGCAAGGUAAAGGCGGAUCAAGACAACGAUAUAAUUACUGGAAUGCCAAAAAAAUUUCCACAGACCCAAGAAUAGACUUCAAUAGGAAGACGAUUGUUGUGGCUAUUGGCUAUUUGGACAGUACCAACUUCCCUAUCUCUGCGAUGUUUGCGAACGAGUAUGAAGCAAGGGAUUACAAUGUUAUAUUGGUGGACAACCAGAGAUUCUCAACUGUACAUUACUUUCUAGCCACUCGUCUGAUGCGUCCUGUGGGUUUGCACGUCGCAGAAAUCCUAGCUAAACUCACAGAAGCAGGUCUCGAUCCUUCAAAACUCGAGCUCUUGGGCUUCAGUCUAGGAGCACACACUGCUAGUUACAUAGCUAAAAAUUUUCAACUUUUAACUGGCAAGAACAUAUCUCGAAUUUACGCCUUAGAGCCAGCAGGACCUUGUUUCAGAGAUUUAAAUAAAAACGAUAGAUUAGAUGCUGCAGAUGCGGACUUCGUCCAAGUAAUUCACACCAACAUUGACGCAUUUGGAAUGGCGGCUUCCAUGGGUCAUGUCGACUUUUACGUCAAUGGUGGGGAGUACCAACCUUCAGACUUGAAUCUAUUUCCUUGCACAGGAACCUGCAGUCAUUUUAAAGUGCUCCCACUUUGGAUAUUAGCUUUAAAGUAUCCAACGAGGUUUAUAGCAAUCAAAUGCGACAGUAUUCAACAGGCUAGAGAUGCGAAAUGCUAUGACAGAGUCCCUAUAGAGACGAACUUUAUGGGGCCGAAAGUCGAUGUGACCAAGCAUGGCAUAUUUUACCUAUCGACUAGUAAAUAUUUUCCUUUUUAUUUGGGUAAGAACGGAUUGAAAGAAGAGUAUGCAUCAUGGAGGACGAUUAGUGAUAUUAAUGACAGUGUUGGAACUGAAGUUUUUGUGUAA